AUGGUCGUUGUCGCUUCGCGGUCGGCUCUCAAUAAUGCUCGUGUUCAAAUGGUGGCUGCCGGUGCUCCGCCAGGACCACCAUCUGCUGCAACCGGAGCAGCAUGGCCACCUGCCAUAUCGGCUCUGUCCGGCUCUACAGCGGGAAUUGGCACUCUGGAGCCGAACGCGAAGACUAACGAAAAUGCAGCUGUAGUAUGGUCAUCACUAGCUCAAGCUGUUCGUAACGCUGGUGCUGCAGCAGCUGUAACAGCACCUACAACUACGGCUCAUCAAAGCACCACAUCCCAUUCAUCGUUCUGGAGCAAUAAUAGUAAUAAUAAUAACAAUACUAAUGCAACUACUACUGUCGCGAAUGCGACUAGUAAUAGCAACAACAACCGACAACAGCAGUUCAAUUGUACAAACAUUUCUAAUAGUGCGAAUAAUAAUACUGGUGGAGUAAUGCGGCAGUCAUGCUCACCACAAUUAAGCGGCAUCAGUAGCAACUCCUCUCAAACGUCUUCUGUUUGUGGCUUGUUUAUGCAACAACAACAACAACAGCAAGUGAUCAAUAAGUUGAUGGUUAGCAGUGUUGCAACACAAACCGAUGAAAACUUUUGUGUAAGUAGCAGUAUCCUAAAAAAUCCGCCUGCACCUCCUGUUCCCGAUCGUAAAUCUCAACCUCAGAUGGUCGAUACUUCAUGUGGGCCUGAUGAUGGUUGGUUUGAAAUAAUAAUUUUGCAGUUGCUGGUAUUGAUUAUUUGUUUGAUGUUACUUGCUGUGGCAAUUUUGUGGUGA